UAUCACAUGAUGAGGGAUUGAACUUCCGCAAAAUUUCCCUGUUGGUAUAAAAGAUCUGCAGUUAGUCCUUUUAUUUCACAUUCAAGCACACUGCAAAGAAGACAGACGAAGAUGAAGUUCUGGUUUGGUUGUACCCUGUCUUUAAUUGCUGUCUUUGGGGUCUUUGCAGACCCUCUUUGUGACAAGAAGCAAGAUGGAAAGUAUCCUCUAAAAGACCCUUUAAUGUACCUGAAAUGUCUAGGCGGGGAAGCGAUACUAAUUCCAUGCCCACGAAAUCAUGUUUACGAUGCUAAGGAACAAAAAUGUCGGGAGAAUACUGCUACUAAUCAAGUUGCCGGAGACAUCGCUUGCAGUGGUAAGCAAGAUGGAAUGUACCCUCGAAGGGACACUUUUACAUACUUGCGUUGCUCAAAUGGAUAUGGACAUGUUGUCAAUUGCCCAACAAACCAAGUCUAUAUUCACAGAGAACGAAGAUGCCGUGCUGUGACGAUCGCAGAUCAAGCAACCUUCUGCGAGGGACUUCCUAAUGAUGACUACCGAGACCCUUGGAAUUGUCACAUGUUUAUCAAAUGCUACUCAGGGAUCACUUACCCGUUCAACUGUCAGCUUUCUGAAUUAGUGUUCGACCCCGAGAAAGACCAAUGUGUUUAUUCUUAUCAGUAUACUUGCACUGUUGUCACAAGCGGUAAUGACGUGGUGUUAGACAUUGCGUGCAGCGGAAGGCCAGACGGAAAGUAUCCACGCAGCGAUACCUUCACAUAUUUGCAAUGCACUAGCCAAGUAGGCCAUGUGGUUAACUGCCCUGCAAACCAGGUUUAUAUCCACAGAGAACAAAGAUGUCGGGCAGUCACACUUGGAGAUCAGAAUACAUUCUGCGAAGGACUUCCAAACGGUGAUUACAGAUAUCCAUGGAACUGUCACAUGUUUUACAAAUGUUUUUCUGGUGUCACAUAUCCUUUCAACUGCCAGCUUCCAAGUUUGGUGUUCAACCCCGAGAAAGAUCAAUGCGUUUACACCGAAGAAUAUCCAUGCACCGUGGUGAAAAGUGGCAAUCAACUUGUGGCUGAAAUUGGCGACGCCGCAUGUGCUUCGAAGGAGGACGGCUCCUACCCAAUGCCAGACACCUUCAAAUACCUGAAAUGCACAAAUCACGUCGGAACAAUCGAAAGCUGUGGCACGAAUCAGGUUUACAUCCACAGGGAAAGGCGAUGCAGAGCAGUCACUGCAGCAGACCAAGCUACAUUAUGUGAAGGACUACCAAGUGGUGACUACAGAGAUCCAUGGGACUGCCAUAAGUUUUUCAAGUGCUUCGUUGGCCAGAUUUUUACGUUCAAUUGUCAAAAGCCACCGCUUCGUGAACUGGUUUUCCACCCUCAGCUAGAUAGAUGUGUUUACCCACGAGAUUUUCCUUGCUUGACAGUGAAAAGUUCUACUAAAAAAAAGUUGCGCAUAUGCAUGCUUUUUGCCAACGCCUUGUCUCACGGCACACUUCAGAAUGGAAUCAAAAGCAACAAGACGCUCAGCGUAGGCAUACGAUACUUAUAUACAAGCCAUUUUGAAACUUGUACACAAGCCGUCAUGGAUAGAGUGGGGUAUUAUCUACUCCACAUCUUCUGUAUUUCUUUAAGCGCAAAUGUGCUCUCUGUCCAAGCAAAUCGAUGCACUGGGAAGUCGGAUGGUUUGUAUGUCAUACCCGAUGUCUUCUCUUAUUUGGAGUGCAAAUCUGGUUCCGAAAUCGUCCAUAACUGUCCCGCUAACGAAAUAUUUGUGGCAAAGAAAAUGGCAUGCAGCAAAGUAACGACAUCCGCUGAAGACAGGUUUUGCGAUGCUCGACAAAGCGGCAACUAUCGCAAUCCUUGGAAUUGCCACAAUUUCAUAACAUGUGUUAUUGGUCACCCGGCACCGUAUGAUAGGCCUUGCCAUCCACCAUCUCUAGUUUAUGAUCCAAACACUGACAGAUGCGAACAUGCCCAUUUGUUUCCUUGCAAAAAUCUUACAUCACCGACACCCACAAAGAAUCGCUGUACAGGCAAGGCCGACGGCCUUUACAUUCUUGCUGAUGUGUUCAAGUAUUUGGAAUGUAAAGCAGGCCAAGAAAUCUUGCACUUUUGCCCAUCUAAACAGAUUUUCGCUCCAGAUGCCAUGGCAUGCCGAGCAGUUGUUCCUGCUGACAGAACCACGUUUUGCAACAAAAGGCCAACUGGUAACUACAGAAAUCCAUGGAACUGUCAUCACUUCAUAAGCUGUGUCACUGGACAUCCGGUCUACGACAGGCCUUGCCAUCCUUUGUCCCUGGUGUAUGAUCCUGAUAAUGAUUUAUGUGAACAUGAUACGCUCAUGACAUGCGUCGAAGUCUUAUUCGAAAGCUGUGGCACGAAUCAGGUCUACAUCCACAGGGAAAGGCGAUGCAGAGCAGUCACUGCAGCAGACCAAGCUACAUUAUGUGAAGGACUACCAAGUGGUGACUACAGAGAUCCAUGGGACUGCCAUAAGUUUUUCAAGUGCUUCGUUGGCCAGAUUUUUACGUUCAAUUGUCAAAAGCCACCGCUUCGUGAACUGGUUUUCCACCCUCAGCUAGAUAGAUGUGUUUACCCACGAGAUUUUCCUUGCUUGACAGUGAAAAGUUCUACUAAAAUGCUCUCUGUCCAAGCAAAUCGAUGCACUGGGAAGUCGGAUGGUUUGUAUGUCAUACCCGAUGUCUUCUCUUAUUUGGAGUGCAAAUCUGGUUCCGAAAUCGUCCAUAACUGUCCCGCUAACGAAAUAUUUGUGGCAAAGAAAAUGGCAUGCAGCAAAGUAACGACAUCCGCUGAAGACAGGUUUUGCGAUGCUCGACAAAGCGGCAACUAUCGCAAUCCUUGGAAUUGCCACAAUUUCAUAACAUGUGUUAUUGGUCACCCGGCACCGUAUGAUAGGCCUUGCCAUCCACCAUCUCUAGUUUAUGAUCCAAACACUGACAGAUGCGAACAUGCCCAUUUGUUUCCUUGCAAAAAUCUUACAUCACCGACACCCACAAAGAAUCGCUGUACAGGCAAGGCCGACGGCCUUUACAUUCUUGCUGAUGUGUUCAAGUAUUUGGAAUGUAAAGCAGGCCAAGAAAUCUUGCACUUUUGCCCAUCUAAACAGAUUUUCGCUCCAGAUGCCAUGGCAUGCCGAGCAGUUGUUCCUGCUGACAGAACCACGUUUUGCAACAAAAGGCCAACUGGUAACUACAGAAACCCAUGGAACUGUCAUCACUUCAUAAGCUGUGUCACUGGACAUCCGGUCUACGACAGGCCUUGCCAUCCUUUGUCCCUGGUGUAUGAUCCUGAUAAUGAUUUAUGUGAACAUGAUACGCUCAUGACAUGCGUCGAAGUCUGA